AUGUAUCAAGUAGACAGUUUCGAGGCGACCCUGACGAUUAGUGUAAACAGUUCCGAGUCCUUGGCAACCACCUGAGAACUUAGGCUCGGGUGGGACUGAUUUUUUUCCGAGUUCACUCAAAGUGAUAGAAGUUCCGUAAAAGUCCGUGCAGCUCAGUCCACGCAGAGGACACACGAAGCUUGAACGGGUCCACGGACAGGGUGCGCUGAUACUGAACACUGAACCACAAUGGGGAACUGUCAACAAGGCAGCGUCGUCUUUACCCAUACGUUGUAUGUUCACACAGGUGAUAUCAAAGGUGCCGGGACCGACGCUAAUGUCAUUGUAGUACUACAAGAUGACCAGGGGAACAAAUCAGCACCUACGAAGCUCGAUCACAUCCCAAGAAAUGACUUAGAAAGAGGCUCAGUGAAUAAAUUUAAUACCACGGUUAACCCCGCUCUUGGUAAAAUUCAACAAAUCGAGUUAACAAUGGACGCAAAGGGAGUCGCGCCCGAUUGGUUUGUGGACUUGAUACGAGUUAAAGAUCAUCGAGUGAAUCCACCCGAAACGUAUGCAUUUCCAAUCCACCGCUGGAUUAGACCCAAGUGUCAUUACACGUUUGACAUAUAUGAUUGCAUGCUGCCACAAUGUGACAAGAAUAUAGAGCAGAGGAAAAAGGAAUUAGAAGAGAAAAAGAAGACGUAUGCAUUCAGGCCAGAAAAGAUAGGUUCUCCGAUACAGGUAAAGGAUUUGCCAGCGGAAGAGGAAUUUUCUCGUUCUUACAUGUGGGACUUAGUGUCGCGAGGCGCAAAAAUUAAAGUCGAGUCUGGGUUGACCAAGAUCGCAACACUUUUUGACAAGUGGGAGAGUUACGAAGAUCUGAAACAGCUGUACUCAGGACCGUUUGCGAUAGGAAAACCUGACGAAGAAAUGAAGAACUGGCAAGAUGACGAAUGGUUUGGUGCCCAACGUUUGGCCGGAGUGAACCCUUUACUCAUAACAUUGUGUACCAAUAUCCCAGAGAGGUUUGGGAUGACAGAAGAAAUGGUGGAGCCAUUCCUCGAGGGCUACAGUCUAACACAGGCAAUGGAGUCCAAGAGACUUUUCAUAGUAGAUCUAAAAAUUCUGGAGGACAUACCGCACAGACCGGAAGCUGAGGUAUGUUCACCGUUGGCGUUGUUCUUUCAAAAAGGAAAUGGAAGUUUGGUGCCAGUAGCGAUCCAGCUGUACCAAGAGAAGGGUCCAAAUAACCCGGUGUUUUUGCCCAGCGACCACCCCGAGACCUGGCUCUUCGCAAAGAUGUGGUAUAACAAUGCUGACGCCACCUACCACCAAUCCGUCUCUCAUCUUGGGUUCACGCAUCUUUUGAUCGAGGGUUUUGCACUUGCAAGCCACAGAAACCUGUCCACCUCGCAUCCCGUCUUCAGACUGCUUGGACCUCACUUUCUGGACGUCAUGGCAAUUAACAAGUUGGCGGUUAAUUUUCUGGUCGAACCAGGCGGCUGGGUAGAUAAAACCAUGAGCUGCGGACGGGAUGGCAUGCUUCAGCUAAUUUGGAAAGAGUUUGCCAACUGGAGAUUGGAUGUCAAUGGAACACUACCGAACUUUCUGAAGGAACGUGGGCUGUUGGAUGAAGAAGUCCUUCCAAACUAUUACUACCGCGAGGAUGCCCUGCCUUUGUAUUGGAUUAUCAAGAAAUACGUCAGCACUAUAAUUAACCAUCAUUAUGAGACGCCACAGAAACUAGCUGAUGACUACGAACUUAAAGACUGGAGACAAGAGUUGGAACUGGAACAAGAGAAGGGAGGAAUGGGGGUCAAGGGAAUACCUGGUGACGGGGUGUUCAGCAGCAAUGAAGAACUGAUCGUGACCUGCACCUCUGUCAUUUUUAUCUCCAGUGUGGUGCAUGCGUCCGUGAACUUUGGACAGUUCGCGUCGUACGGUUUCCCGCCAAACUACCCGGCCUACUUGAAUGGCAUGCCGCCGACGGACAAGAAUCCGGUGUCUGAGUCAGAUAUCAUGAAAGCCCUGCCAGACAAGUCCCAAACCUUGGAAAUUAUGGUGAUCACAAAACUUCUUUCUGAAAAGGGCACAAACAGUUUGGGGGAUUUUGAAGUCCAAUAUUUGUUCGAUCCUGUCUCCGUCGAAGCCGCUGAUACAUUUAGGCUAGAACUGGCGGAGCUGGGCAAACAAAUCGCAGAAAAAAACAAGAGCCGCUUCCCGUCUUAUCUCUACCUGGACCCUACAUUUAUUCCAAACUCUAUCAGCAUAUGACCCUGUGAUGUAAAAUGGAUACUUCACUGAAUUAUGGCCGCAUUGUUACACAAUAGACAUACUCAGAUGGCAUGUCUUUAAGUUUUCCAUCCAUUAAUGGUUUCUUGCUUAAAAAAUGCAUAUUGUAUUGAUACUAGGUCUUUUCGAACAUUAUUUCUGUGGUGAUUACUAUACUGCCGUAUAUAAUUUUUCAUAAUGACUAUUUAACUUAAUACACAAUUACCGGUGGAUCCAGAAUUUUGCACAAGGAUAAAAAAUUGCCACGCUUAACAAGCAAAUGUAAAACAGUAGAUGGCAUUUUUUCCAUUCCACCCUCCGGGAGAUGCUUCCGUCUUGCUCUACACCCUUUAGGACCAUCAUCCGACUGAAAAAAAUCUAUUGCAAAAAUUCAAAUCGAGAAAAAAUAGAAAAUGCAUGUCUUUUACCUAAAGAUUUUUUUAUUCUUUUUUUAAUUUCAAUCUAUUCGUGACAUUCACCACAUAUAUCAAAUUGCAUUUUGUGUAAGAUACUUAUCAUUUUAUUUUAUCACUCAGACUUGAAUGACUUUUCACCAAAAACCAAUAUACCGGGAAGAGUGGCAAUUGAGGUCACAGGCAUGCUCAUAAAAAUAUUUAGUGCACAGAUAACAAACUAUG